AUGUCAUCUCAUAAGAGUUUCAGGAUCAAGAGGUUCUUGGCCAAGAAACAAAAACAGAAUCGCCCUAUUCCCCAAUGGAUUAGAAUGAAAACUGGUAAUAAAAUCAGGUACAAUGCCAAGAGGAGACACUGGAGAAGAACCAAGCUGGGUCUGUAA